CGGAAAUUCCAAUCACCAAGCAAGCUAAAAUUUGAAAAAGUCCUUUUUAAUGACAUUUUAGGUCCUAUCUCUGAAAUGAUAACUCUUUGACAAAGUCAGAAAUAUUGAUCAAUAUGUAAAGAAUAUUUGGAGUUGAAAAUUAGCUUGUAAGUUGAGGUGAAACUUCAAAAUGGGAGACAAGACUAUUUGGGAUCUUGCCAUCAAUGAGGCUAAUGCUAAAGAAGCUUCCAGUGGGAGCAAUGAAGAAGCAUCCAUACUCUUUGUUGGAAGUAAAAAUUCAGGGAAAACAUCUAUAAUUUUGAGGUUCUUAGACCGAGAUGAAGCUCCAAAGCCUACAACAGCUUUAGAAUACACAUUUGGUAGAAGAGCAAAGGGUCACAACAUCGCCAAAGAUGUUGGUCAUAUUUGGGAACUAGGGGGUGGGACUUGGCUGUCCAAACUACUUGAUGUACCAAUCAAUGAAGAAAAUAUAAAAAAUAUAUCCCUGGCUAUUGUAGUUGACUUGUCUCUGCCCAAUGAACUCUGGUUCACAUUGGAGAAUCUCAUCAAGUCCGCCAAACAGCGUAUUGAUGAUGUCAUAGCAAAUCUGAAGGCGUCAAAUCCAGAUGUGGUCAACCAGUUGAUAAAAGCUUCUUGGGAACGUAUUGGUGAAAAUAAUCCAGAUAAAGAGAUGAUCAGCCCUUUUCCAAUACCAUUGAUCAUUAUAGGGAGUAAAUAUGAUGUUUUUCAGGAUUUUGACUCAGAAAGGAGAAAGAUAAUUUGUAAGACUCUGAGAUUUGUGGCACACAGUUAUGGAGCAACUCUACAGUUCUUUAGUUGUAAACAGGAAGCCUUGAUGACCAGAGCUCGGGCACUUAUCAGCCACCAUUUGUUUGCAACAGCUGCAAGUAAAACACUCCAGGUGGAACAUACAAAACCGUUGCUUGUACCAUGUGGCUUGGACAGUCUUCAGCAGAUUGGUACUCCACCUGUAGGGGAUGAUGAUAUAGGAAGAGUAACUGCAAGGAACCCUCUGGAGCUUUGGAAACAGGCUUAUUGUGGUCAUUUCCCACAAGAGAAUACUAAUAAUCCUGCCAUGGUGGAAGACCCUGCCAAAGACAAUCAGUAUGCUGAACAUGCUAUAGAUCAACUCAGAGCACAGAAAGAUGAGGAACUUGAACGCUACAGAAGGUUGUCAGAACGUAGAGCCAAGGAAUCACAACAGAGAGCAAAGGCUGAGGGCUUUGUUUGAGGACAAGCAUGUAGCCAGGUUUUUUAGGGGGAGGGGGGCACAGGCAAACCCCCUGGGCCAAAAAAUCUUUCAGAAUCAUUUCAGAAUGAUGAACGUAGAAGAGUUUGUGAUAAAUUAUAGAGGACUUUGUCUGCAGUUUUUAUGUUAGAUCUCAAGAUGAAUAUAUUAAACAGAGACAUAUGUAUUUGAGUUGUACAUAAAGAUAUAGUGCGCAUAGUGAAUGCUAUUUAAAAUUUAUAAAAUAUGAAAUCUCAUUCAUGUCAGGAUAUAUGGUGAAACAACUGUGUCAGUAUGCAAGCAUGUGUAAAGGCUCCAAGUCAAUCAUUGAUGCAUUAGCAAAAAGUUUAAAGAGAUUCAAGUUAAAUAAUGCAACCUGAACAGAUGGAACACCUUUGGUCUAAAAGGUGUUAAAUUUUGAAGUUUUUCCACUUAUAGUGGCUCAUCUUCCAUUGAAUUAAUGGGUAGUGUCAAUGCACUGUAAUUGAUUUUGGAAUAUUUCAAGUUAAGAUUGCUCAUUCUUCUUGACCAAGCUUAAUAAAUUCAAUGAAAGUUUAUGUCUGGCUGAAUAAGAUAUUUGUCAUCUAAAGAAAUUGCUAUGAACUUUGAAAUCACACUAGAUUUUGCUGUAGAAAGGAUUUUUGACUUAGAAAUGAAAGAAAUACAAAAUAUGAAUAACAGUUAAUGACAUUUUUGUACUUCUUGAUAAGUUAUUUGGAUCUGUAUUGUUUAUCUUGAAGCUAUUUUAACAGUUUAAUGGACAUGUAUGUCUAUUUACUGCACUCGUGUAUAUUUUCUAGAUAUAAAUAAAAUACUUUUAAUAUUGUAAACAUAAGAGUAAUUUUGUCCGAUUUAAACUUGGUGGAUGAUAGGCCAAUUUCCAGCCAAAAAGAUUCCAUGCUUUUAAACCCCUACAUUGCUUAUAGAUGGCUCUCACAUCAAAAGGAUUUGACCACAAUGUCUGAUGUUUUGCUUGAUUGUAACAAUAUAUCACAUAUAAAC